UUUUUGCAACAAGACAUAAAGGUGAUGAGAAAAAAUAAAAAUAAAAAUAUAUUUUAUGCUGGUUUGCCUUGUUUACCGGGAAAAGGAGUUAUCAGUUCAAAGAAAAGAAGAGCUCUCUCAGUAUAUAUAAAAGCUCUGAUCUUUGCGUUUGGUUCUUUUGUUUUUUCUCGCUUUUUCUUUUUUACAUACUUUCUCUCACUUUCGAAAUAAAUAAGAUUCUUUUUUUUUUUAAUUCUUUAUUUAUGGCCUUCAAGUGACUCAAACAGAUCUCCGGCAUUGACUCAAUCUUCAGGAUAAUCACCAAAAAUGGGUCAGAAGAUCGUCAUUCAAACAGUAAAUCAAAACUCACUUUAGAAAGGAAAGAUUUUGCUAUGCGACUGGAAUCUAGUACUGCUUAAAGUGCUGUCUGCGAGGCAGGGGAAGUAGGAACCCCAGUUUUUGCUCGAGCUAUGGAUAUCAAGAACAAGGAAGAGUUAAAAGAAGAUUCAUGGAUUCCUCAAACACCUUUUAAGUCUAUCCUAACAAAACCAAACGAUGAGUUUUCACCUGAUUUCUUUUCUAGAAAUGGCAGCUGGGAAGUGGCUUCGAACCCAUUAAAUGCAAAAAGGGACACUAAUAUUAAGACAUGCAAUAGAACUUUUCCACCUCUUUUGAUUCUUCAAGAUCAAGCCUCAACAGCUUCCACCAGUGGAAAUUCACACAAUAAUGGAGGUUUUUUGGCUGCACAAAAUCAUCACACUGGCAAACACGUCCAGGGAUUCCAGUAUGGUCUUCCCAUUCUUCAAGGAUCUGCUUAUGACCUCAACUUACCUCCCGGGGGAACAGCAGUUACAUUCACUAGCAAGACCAGUUGCCAAAUUGCUCCCAUGACACCAGAAAAAGGCACAAGAGUAGAAUGCAGGCAAGUAGCUCAACUGCAAUUUUUUUCCGCCGAUGAAAGAGCAAAUCAAGAAGGCAAUGAGCAGGAUGAUCAAGUUGCUAUGGUAUCAUUUGACAUUAACAGGCCACAAACAGAUAACGAACUCCAAAAGACAGAGAAGGAAGGAAGUCAUGUUAUUAACUUGAGCGAAACACCAGAGCAGAAACCUAGGAGGAAAAAGCACAGGCCUAAGGUGAUUACAGAAGGCAAACCCAGGCCUCGAAAACCAGCAACUCCAAAGCAUGCUCUUAACACUGAAAGGCCGACUGGUAAGAGGAAAUAUGUGAGAAAGAAACCUCUCAGCAAAGCCCCCACAACCAACUUAGCAGUAUCUACAGAAAUCCCAGCAGGCAAAAGGAAGUAUGUGCGACGAAAACCACUCAACAAAAUCUCAACUCCACCAGUGGAAGCAACUGGAAAGUCUGUCAGUACAAUAUCAGUUGAGCCUGCCAAGAAGUCAUGCAGGAGGUCCUUGAACUUUUACACUGAAGGACAGCCUAGAGACAACAAUUCCAAAUGUAAGCUUAAUUCUGAUGAAGAUUCUCAACUACAAGCACAUGAUGUUGGGGAAGGAAAUCAAUCAAAAUCAAUUGUGACUGUAGGGAAUGGAAUUGAAGUGAUAGUGGAAACUACACAAACAGGCAUUGCAUAUGAUCUAAAUCAUUCUGUUAAUCAAAAGCUUCAAGAUUACCUCGCAUUGCCUGAAAAACAGGCACCAAGCACACCAGUAUAUGCAAACAUUGACCCUGCAAGGAGAAUAAGGAACAACAAUUCCCAAGAGAGCCCUGCUGAAAGAGAAGGCCAGGUGACUACUCACAGUGUACAGCAGAAUGCUGCACAAAGCAUGUUGCAAACUGACAAUCAAUUGCCACCAAUCAACCCAAAUGACUCCAUCUGCGGCAAAUACACAACUUUGACCAUGGAAGGACAAUCAAACGGAUCAAAGAGGAAGGUUUUCAGUUGCAUUCAACAGCCAGGCACCUGCAACACAAAUCUAACUGGAAUUUUCUGUAAUGCUUUACCUCAAUAUCAGGCAACAUCUGAGUUCCAAGUUCCAAGCAAUUUCAAGAAGAGGAGGACUGAAAAGGCACAUAUCGCCACCACAUGCAGCAUAUCUUGUUCGACCACUCUAAGUGGCACAUUGAGACUUGAUAUACCAGGCCCACAGAAGAAUAACAGAGGAGAUCCUCCUACAUCAAUAGUUGAUUGCUUGCUUCCUGCUUCUCAUUCUAAUGCUGAUAGAAUUCCAGGUGCAUUUGGAGAGACAAAUGGUUGUCAGCUUAAAAAUGAAACUUCCGGCUGUGUCUUAGCUCAAACAGAGAGGUCAACUAAAAAGAGAUCCAGAGGCCAUACUCGGACUCGAGACUUGGCUUCACUGACCAAAAUUGCACAGGGAGCAAUGCAUCUAAGUUCCACAAGCAGACGAGCAUAUGAUGUGCAGCAGGUUCGGGACAUAAAUGGACCCGAUGCAUGUGUAGAUGCUUUAGUUGCAGAAAUGCGCGGAACUUUGACUAGAAAGAAGAGAACCAAGAAGAGACUCCUUGUUAGUUCUGCAUCCUCCAGUACAAAUGUGGAACAAGCACAUGGAAAAAUCAUCUUAUACAAUCAGAACCUAUUCUCAGCAAACUCAUUAGUUGCUCUUCCAGAAGUAAUACGGGAACAGAUGUCUACUAUUGAUGCAAUAGCCGAGCAUUUACAGCAUCUAGACAUUAACAGAGAAGGUAGCAACUUCACAUACAUAGAACAGAAUGCACUUGUUCCUUAUAGUGCUGGAAAUGAACAGCAGAAUGCACUGGUCCUUUAUAGAAGCGACGGGACUGUUGUACCCUACACCGAUUCACUUAUUAAGAAACGACGCUCACGGCCUCAGGUUGACCUAGAUGAAGAAACCAACAAAGUAUGGAGACUUUUAAUGGCAAAUAUCAAUAGUGAAGGCAUUAAUGGAACUACUGAAGACAAGGCAAAAUGGUGGGAAGAAGAACGAAAUGUGUUCCGUGGCCGUGCGAACUCAUUUAUAGCACGGAUGCAUCUCGUGCAAGGGGAUAGGCGUUUCUCCCAAUGGAAGGGAUCGGUUGUAGACUCGGUGGUUGGUGUAUUUCUCACUCAAAAUGUCUCUGAUCAUCUUUCUAGUUCAGCAUUUAUGUCACUUGCUGCACACUUUCCUCUGAAGUCACAGAGCCAUAAUGAACAAUGCUAUGAAGAAAGAACAGGCUCAGUAAUUGAUAAACCAAUAGUGUGCAUGCCAGAUCUAGAAGACACCUUAAAAUGGAACGAAGAGAUGUCCAAUCAAUCAAUUUGUGACCAAACUUCAAUGACGCUCCAUGACUCUGAGCUUGAUGAAGAAAGGGAAGCAGUCUACAGCAAUGAAUCCUCUACAAGCAGCACCGGCAUUGUUAACUCAAGUGGGCUAGAGACAUGCUAUGAAUCAAAGGAAAACAGAUCGACCACAGAGAUCAUCAAGAUAAUAGAUACUUGUGAUGUAAGAGAAAAGACGAGAGUAACAAAUGAUGCACUGUCAUUGCAACAUUCUGUGUUUUCAUCUCAUAACUUUGUGAAUUCACCAAUUGAUCAAACUGCUGAAAGAAAAGAAGCAUUCUCGGGCUCAGAAGCAGGAUUUGUAACCGAAGGACAUAGACCAAAUAUGUUGAAUAGUUGUAAUUCUUUUAUGGAGCUUCUGUUAAAGGUUGGAUGUGGCAAGCUCCAUGAGGUUCAUAGUAAUGGCAAUGGGAUCAUCUUAUCUGCUCAGUACUCACAGAACGAGUAUAACAAGACCCAAACCGUGGAAAAUAAUUUCCCUGUACAAAAGACACACCAUGACAAUACUCCUAAAAGCUCCUCGGAAGUUCCUAAUACCCCAUAUGAUAACUCUCAUUUGCACCUUUCCUCCAACACAAGUAAGAUCUUCCAGAUGAAUACAGAGGAAACAAGAUUUUCCAAUAAGGCCACCAACACAAACAGUAUGAAAGAACCAAGUUCCUUCACGGAAGAGUCUGCUAGUCAAAUUACAGAUGAAAAUAAUCUGACCAUGACGAGUCAAGCAUUAAGAUCUACUGUAAAUAACUUGACAUGCAGCAUGAUUCAAGAAGACAAGGAUGUGACCAUCCAGUCUCAAAGCAAGGAUCUAAACAUUGUCAUGAACUCACAGCCUCAGGAACAAAACAAUGAAAUGCAGCAAAACUUAAACUUGCCACUUUCAGAAGAAACCCUAGAUACUAUGGAGAGUAGCAGUGCACUUGACAAGCCAGAAAUUUUUUUACAGAAAACAACAGAAUCAGAUAUGAUUGAGCAUGGGUUUUCAGAAAUUAAGGAGCUUGAUGAGAUGAAUGCUGCAACCAGAAAAGCAAAGAGCAGGAGAGUUGGAAAGGAAAUAAGAGAAGAUGUUGACUGGGAUGCCUUGAGAAAGCAGGUAGAAGCAAAUGGGAGGAAAAGAGAAAGAACACCAAACACAAUGGACUCAUUGGACUGGGAAGCUGUAAGAUGUGCAGAAGUUAAUGACAUAGCCAACACAAUCAAAGAGCGUGGAAUGAACAACGUGCUGGCAGAACGAAUAAAGAAUUUCCUUAAUCGACUAGUAAGAGAACAUGGAAGCAUUGAUCUGGAAUGGUUGAGAGAUGUUCCGCCAGACAAAGCAAAAGAGUAUCUGCUGAGCAUAAGGGGACUGGGCUUGAAAAGUGUGGAGUGCGUGAGGCUACUGACUCUACACCAUCUUGCUUUUCCAGUUGACACGAAUGUUGGACGUAUAGCUGUACGGCUAGGCUGGGUCCCUCUUCAGCCACUGCCCGAAUCACUUCAGUUGCACCUUCUAGAGCUGUACCCAGUGCUGGAAUCUAUUCAAAAGUAUCUUUGGCCCCGACUGUGCAAACUUGACCAGAGAACACUGUAUGAGCUACACUAUCAGAUGAUCACAUUUGGAAAGGUAUUCUGUACCAAAAGCAAACCCAACUGCAAUGCAUGUCCAAUGAGAGGAGAAUGCAGACAUUUUGCAAGUGCAUUUGCAAGUGCCAGACUAGCCUUGCCUGGACCAGAGGAAAAGGGUAUGGUGAGUGCAACUGAAAACAGAACAAAUGAACCAAAUCCUGCUGCAAUGGUUGGUCAACUGCCACUUCCUCUACCUCAGGCUACUGAACAAUCAGAAGAAAAUCAAUUGUCAAAAAGUAUUCAGCAAUCAGAAGCACAAUAUGGAGUCAACAGUUGUGAACCUAUUGUUGAAGAGCCAUCAUCACCAGAACCAGAGCGCAUACAAGUAACAGAAAAUGAUAUGGAGGAUACCUUCUGUGAGGAUCCUGAUGAAAUUCCUACUAUCAAGCUUAACAUUGAAGAGUUCACUCAGAAUUUGCAGAACUACAUGCAAAACAAUAUGGAACUUCAAGAAUGUGAUAUGUCGAAAGCCUUGGUUGCUUUGACUGCAGAAGCUGCUUCUAUUCCUACACCCAAGCUUAAAAAUGUGAGUCGGCUGCGAACAGAGCACCAAGUGUAUGAACUUCCAGAUUCGCACCCUCUUCUGGAAGGGUUGGAUAGACGAGAGCCUGAUGACCCAUGCUCAUACCUCCUCGCAAUAUGGACACCAGGUGAAACAGCAAACUCCAUUCAACCACCUGAAAAUAAUUGUAACUUGCAAGAAGAUGGCAAAUUGUGUGAUGAGAAGACAUGUUUCUCUUGCAAUAGUAUACGAGAAGCAAAUUCACAAAUUGUUCGAGGAACUCUCUUGAUACCAUGUCGAACAGCAAUGAGAGGGAGUUUUCCCCUCAAUGGUACAUAUUUCCAAGUCAAUGAGGUGUUUGCGGACCAUGAUUCUAGCCUCAACCCAAUUGAUGUUCCUAGAUCUUGGAUAUGGAACCUACCAAGACGGACUGUAUACUUCGGAACAUCAAUACCAACAAUAUUUAAGGGUUUGACAACGGAAGGUAUUCAACACUGUUUCUGGAGAGGUUUUGUUUGUGUUAGAGGAUUUGACCAAAAGACAAGGGCACCUCGUCCUCUGAUGGCCAGACUACAUUUCCCAGCCAGCAAAUUAAACAGGGCAAAAGGAAAGGAUUCAAAUGAAUAACAAACAAUUCCCUGCAAUAAUCAAAUACAACUUCAAGAACCAGAUGACAGUGUUUGGAUAACAAUAACCAGCAGCACCACAUUCGAAGAGUGUAACUUGGCUUUCACAGGGAAAAGGAAAAAGGCAGAAGUCCGGUUGAGUUGUGUGAUCCUGUAAUAUACGAUCAUGUAGCAUGUACAUGGUUAACAAAGCUGUAAUUUUCUUAAAUGUUAUGCUCGUAUUUGAGCCAUUCUUCCCAAACAGGUCAAGAUCAGUAAAAUCACAGAUUCCAGAAAAA